AACUGCAUAAGGUUGGUAUUUAAAGAAAAUCACACUGAUAAUGAUUUACUCUUUAAAUCGCAUGACAACAGAGCUGCUGCAGAAGUUAUGGCAGAUCCCAGGACCUUUGCAGAUGUGAGGAAUAACGUUCUUUCAGCUCAAAAAAGAUCAGGGAUCAAGGAAAAGGUUGCGUUCUACAGCUCCUGGGCCGAGAGCUAUGAAGAAGAUUCUGCAAUAUUGGACUACCGUGCUCCUUUCUUAGCUGCAAAAUGCAUUGCUUCACACUUCACCGGCGAGAAAGAGAGAGCCAUUAUUUUGGACGUGGCAUGUGGGACAGGGAUGGUCUCUGGAAAUUUAAAGAAAAACGGAUUUUGCCACUUUGUGGGCUUGGAUGGAAGCGAGAAAAUGUUGAGUAUGGCCAGAAAAACAGGCCUUUAUCAGGAGCUUAAGCAGUGCAUGCUGUGUGAGGAUCCCUUUCCUGUUCAAGAUGAGUCGUAUGAUGUUGUAGUAAUUGUGGGAGCUCUGAGUAUUGGAAAUGUGCCAGUGGAAAUCAUCAAGGAGCUUUGGCAAGCCACCAAGCCGGGUGGCUAUGUGUGCAUGACUACAAGAGGGAAUGCUGAUAAUCACGAGUACAAAGCUGAGCUGGAACAUGCGAUUCUUGCGAUGGAGGAAGAAAAGAAAUGGAGACGUGUCACUGUCGAUGUAGUGGACCAGUGGGAGAAGGCGGUGUCUGACCAUGAGUGUGGAUACAUAACUGGAGUUGUUUAUCUAUAUCAAAAAGUGUUUUAAAUUCAGAAUUGAUUGUGCUAAAACAGUGCUAGGAGCUGAAAGAAAAGCAUAUUAUAUGUGUGGAUGGUCUUUAAACAAUAGCCUACUAGUGAUUUUAUGUAUACAAAUUUGGCAGGUGAAUGGGACAAAACCAAUGACUAAUGUAAACAAUUAGAGGAACUCUUUUUUUAUCAAUUUUAUUUUGAAAAAUGUUUCCGCAGUAAAGUCUUGCUGUUAAUUAAUGUAUCCCCACUAACCAAGCACUACAUUGAUUAUCAAAAUAAUGAUUUGGCAUUGAACUUAAUAAUAAGUAAUGUUAAUUCUUUAUUCUUAAUGGUUGAUUAGGUUUCGGUAACAGCAGCUCAGAGAGUUGUUCCAGCUACAAUUUUAAAUCUAAAUUUUAUGGAAAAUUUUCUAAAGUGUUGUUAACCUUGAAUAUGUGGUUGUCUAGGGUUUAAGGUAUUGGUCUACCUAUUGGAAGAUUGUGAGUUCAAAGCUCAGGUCCACUAAGCUACCAGCCCUUAACCCUCAAUUUCUCAGUUAUAUUAAAUGAGAUAAAAAUGUACGAUUCUCUGGGUAAGGGUGUCUCCCAAAUUCAGUAAUUGUAUAGGAACUUUUUAUUUACAGAGACUGAAACAAGAAGAGCAGGGGGGCACGGUGGCUUAGUGGGUAGCACGUUCGCCUCACACCUCCAGGGUCGGGGUUCGAUUCCCGCCUCCGCCUUGUGUGUUCUCCC